GGGGAGGGCCCCGAACCAAAGUCCUCGCGGCGGGCAGGGCCGGGCAGGCACUCUUGGGGCGGGGGGAGAGUAUUUUUUUCGUGGUGUACCUACGAGUCCAGAUUCCAUCCCGCACCCCGCCCUCUUGUGCAUAGAGAUAUGAAUAGAGCGACAGACGUCGGGACUGAAUUUGCUAAGGACAUAGUUCUAACCAGAUGCUAUUUAUCUCUGAGCCGUCCUCACCGCCCUCGUGCAGAGCACUCGCACCCUCCUUCCUCACCCGCAGCUCCCGGCCCAACCCCGCGCCGCGCGGCGGCUGGGCCGGACUCGCCUGCGUUCCCGUUCUGGAAUCAGUUCCAACUGUUGUCCAACUUAAUUUCUCCCGGUUUUUAUAUAUAUAUUUUUUAGAGUUGAGUUUUUAUUUAUUAUUAAAACAAAACAGCCAGCCCUGCCGAGCCGGCCCCUGAGCGGGCCACAGACGUGCUCUGACACGUGGACCGAGGGACCGCUUUUCGUGUGAAUAAAGUUCGUGUGGACACUCGCGCGCCGCUUCGGGUUCCUUCCGUCGCUGCGGGUCGCGGGGCGGGGCCGGAACCCGAGGCGCGAGGCCACGGCGCCGGCGGACGCCUGUUCGCGUGCACCGUCCCCCGCCUGACCUGCCGGCCGCUUCCGGAGCGGGAGGAUGUGGCGGACUUGCGGGGCGCUCAGCGCUUCGGCCCUAGCCUUGGCGCGGUCGCGGGGAGCCCGGGCCUGCAGCGGAGACGGGGGCGUCUCCUACACGCAGGGCCAGAGCCCGGAGCCCCGGACGCGCGAGUAUUUCUACUACGUGGAUCAUCAGGGUCAGCUCUUCCUGGAUGAUUCCAAAAUGAAGAACUUCAUCACCUGCUUCAAAGACCUGCAGUUCCUGGUCACCUUCUUCUCUCGCCUGAAACCCAACCGCAGCGGGCGCUACGAGGCCGCCUUCCCCUUCCUCUCACUGUGCGGCAGAGAGCGCAACUUCCUGCGCUGUGAGGACCGGCCCGUGGUCUUCACGCACCUGCUGGCCACGGGCCGCGGGCCCUCUCGCCUCUCCUACUGCGGCGGGGGCGAGGCCCUGGCAGUGCCCUUCGAGCCGGCGCGCUUGCUGCCCCUGGCGGCCAACGGGCGCCUGUACCACCCGGCGCCAGAGCGCGCGGGCGGCGUGGGCCUGGUGCGCUCUGCCCUGGCCUUCGAGCUCAGCGCCUGCUUCGAGUACGGCCCUGGCGCUCCCGCGCUGCCCUCGCACGUGCGCUGGGAGGGCCGCCGCCUCGCCCUCACCAUGGAGCUGGCCCCGCUGCUGCUGGCGACUCCGCGGUCCUGAGCCGCGGACAGUUCCGGAGUUCCCGCGGAUCCUGCGCUCCGCCGGCCGCGUGCGCGUGCGCGUGCGUGGAGUGCGCCGGGGCUCCGCCUGCUGGCGCUGUCCGAGGUGCUGCUGCCCGUCCUAGGGCUCGGCGCCGCCCCUUGCUCCGCUCCUCGCUCCCCUUCCGGGCAUCCUCUGGAUUGGCCCGCGCUCCCGACGUCAGGCCCGGGCGGCGGGCGCAGGAGGCGCGGGGCUCCGGUGCGCGUGCGCGCCCCGCCUCUGCUGGAGCCAGGCCGCCGCAGGCUCGGCGGGGAGCCGCGAGCCGCCGGAGCGUCAGGUGAGGGGGGGGCCCCGACCCAAGGUCACCGGGCUUAGGGGCGGGAUCGGGGACCUCCCCGGCUCGGACCCCGGCACGCACCUAGAAGGGUGUGCAACCCGGCACGGGGGAGGGCACGCGGAUACCACGCCCUCCACGAUCGCAGGCCUGCACCUACCUGCGCGAGAGGGCGAAAGGGGACUUCGUGCAGGAUCCCAGCGCCGGUCGCAAGGACCACCCGGAGAUCCUGGCUCCAGUGUGCCGGAGAGAGGACACCGGGUGCCCCCAGCCCCCUGCUAAGCCGGAUUAGGGUUUGUCCGCUGGUAAAAGGACUUCUGGGCCCUCAUCCGGGUCCCUCAUCCCUGUCCGGGCAGUCUUUCCACACCAGUUUGUAUUUAACGGGUCCUCCAGAGCUGCAGCGCCGAGCCAAGGAAGAAACCAAGGCUUUAUUGCUGGAGGCUGGGUGGGUGGAGGCUGGGCGGGUGGGUGAGUCCUGGAGCUGGAGGCCGCCCCUUGGUGCUCAGGGAGACUAAUGCCAUGGGCCCAAAGAAUGCGCCCCCCCCCCCCAGUCCCAUUUCUUGGGGGCUCACACACAUCCUGAGACCCCUGGCAACCGCCUCUGCCUUUUCCAUUAAAACUUUAUUGCUAUGCUUA